AUGGCUUCACCAUUCUUUGAAAGGGGCCUCACAUGGCUUCCGUACUUUAUUGUUGCUCUCUUUACUUGGCUUCUUCUAUCUUCGGCUAUCUCUUGGUAUCGUCUUCGACAUAUACCGGGUCCUUUCUUCGGAAAAUUAUCAUACCUAUGGGUAGCUUACAUCACCAUCACCGGCACACAGCAUGAUCACUUGGUCAACCUCAAUCGAAGCUAUGGACCCAUUGUCAGAGUUGGUCCAAAUGAGGUCCUGGUCGAUGAUCCAGACUUGAUUCGAAAAGUCUCAAGUACUCGAAAUACGUAUACCAAAGGAAAUUGGUAUCUCGGCGGCAAAUUCAAUCCGUAUCACGACCCCAUGUUCCAGAUAACAGACCCAGCCCAACACGAUCGGGUCAAGGCGAAGCUAUCUCCAGCGUACGGUGGACGCGAUGCUCCCAAUCUCGAAGCCGUAGUCAACAAACAGGUCGGCAGUUUGAUUCAGUUAAUCAAGGAGAAAUACACGUCUGCCCAAGGAGAUUAUCGUCCGAUGGAAGGAACCAGAGUAACACGCCUUUUUGCACUCGAUGUCAUAUCCAAUCUGUCUCUUGGCCAAGAAUUCGGCUAUCUCAAAGCCGACUCUGACUUUCACGGGAUCGUCAAGGCGCUCAAUGAACAUAUGUUGGUCAUGACUCUUGCAACAGAUAUUCCAUGGCUGAGAAACUUGAUCUUUUCGCCUAUGUUUCUGAAGCUGUUUGGGCCGACUGAGAAUGAUACCAAGGGGAUUGGCCCGCUGAUGAAGGUCGCGAAUACCAUUGUUCGCGAGCGAUAUGCUCCUGAAGCCGAUGAGCAGCAUGAUAUGCUGGGCUCGUUCAAGAGACAUGGUUUAAGACUGGAGGAGUGCCAGGCUGAAUCUUUAUUCAUGUUCGUAGCAGGAUCAGAAACCACUGCCACGGUGAUACGGGUUAUUCUUCUCUACAUUGUCGCCUCGCCUCACAUAUAUCAGCGCCUUAGACAGGAGAUCACGGAGGCGAUAUCUGAAGGUCGAGCUUCGAGCCCAAUCACAGAUGUCGAGUCUCGGCAAUUACCUUACCUCCAGGCAGUAAUCUACGAAGGCAUCCGAAUUCGUCCAGCUACAUUGGGAAUGUUCUUCAAAGACGUUCCAGCCGGCGGAGAAACAAUGCAUGGAAAGUAUAUCCCAGCUGGUACAUCAAUCGGCAUCAAUGCAUCCUCCCUGCUACGCUCCGAAGCACUCUUCGGACCUGAUCCACAAGUCUUUCGACCAGAGAGAUAUCUCGAAGUCGAUAAAGAGACCAGUGCUCAGAUGAAGCGGGAUGUCGAGAUUGUGUUUGGUUACGGACGAUGGAUGUGUGCUGGAAAGCCUAUUGCGUUCAUGGAACUGAACAAGGUUAUUUUUGAGCUCCUUCGGGUUUUUGAUUUUCAGCUCGUUGAGCCUGAAGUGGCGAUGAAGUCGGAGAGUUAUAUGGUGUUCCAUGACCAAAGUCUGAUACUCAGGGUCACUGAAGCAGAUCACAAAUAG